CCAGUCUUACUUGACAAUGGUCCACCGCACCCACUGGAAGCAGGAGGCUGCCUGGGAGGCUGGAGCAUCCCUGUUUUGUUAACCACCGACCCAGCAUCAGUGAACAAAAAGAAGCACAGCCAAAGCUUUCUGUUGACCAUCUGUGAGCAGACAUGGGAUGCAGGUGGGGAGGGAUUGCUCAUCCAUCGCUGAGUUAGCUGACUGAUGCUUUUUUAUUUUUUAAUUCAACAAAUACAUCCAACAUUAUGGCUAAACAGUACGAUGUGCUCUUCCGACUCCUGCUUCUCGGAGAUUCCGGGGUUGGGAAAACAUGUUUGCUAUGCAGAUUCACGGACAACGAAUUUCACCCGUCUCACAUCUCCACCAUCGGAGUCGACUUCAAAAUGAAGACGCUAGUAAUAGAUGGUAUCAAAGUACGGAUACAGAUAUGGGACACCGCAGGUCAAGAAAGAUACCAGACCAUCACUAAGCAGUACUACAGACGAGCACAGGGGAUCUUCCUGGUAUAUGAUAUCACGAGUGAGCGAUCCUUCCAGCACAUCAUGAAGUGGGCCAGUGAUGUGGACGAGUACGCUCCUGAAAAGGUCCGGAAGAUCCUCGUAGGCAACAAGUCAGAUGAGGUGGACAAAAGGCAGGUGGCCACAGAGCAAGGUAUCAAGCUGGCAAAGGCUUAUGGAAUGGACUUCUUUGAGACAAGUGCCUUCACCAACCAUAAUAUAACAGAGACUUUCACACGACUGGCUGAACAGGUGCUGGCAGCCAAUAAAAAGGACCUGGAUCUUCUCCGGAUGUCCGUUAAUGAUGAGAUUAAUCUCGCUGCGCUGGAGGAAGAGGAAGGACUCUGCGACAGUGCGGCGGGUGACCAAGGCAAAGGCUGCUGGUGUUAAAGAAAUACUUUAAAUAAAUGGUAUCACUAGACACUUUGCACGCUCUGGGCAAAAUGUGUCUCCUUUUGUCGUUUUGCUGAAAUAUAGAGGAAUGUCGAGCUGCCAUUUUUGAAACCAGCCGAUGUACGUCCCUCUGUUUCACUGAGCAUUGCCAAAGCAUUUGAGAGCAGUUUCAAGGACAAAGGUGGAAACUUUUUGACCACAAAGUGCCAAGUGUGUGGUGAAUUAACCAACAGAAGGUCCAAAUGUCAAGGUUUUACCUCAGUGGGACCUGGAUGUUCAUUGGCUCAUUCCUGCUCAGUUCAGUGUCUUUAAUGUAACCAAAUGCAAUCACUGUCCACUACAAUUGGCAUACAUAUGAACAGGCGUAAUAAAAAACUUCCAGAAGGAGCUGGAUUAGGAUUUUCUCAUCUUUUCUUUGGUAAUUUCUACAGUUUUCUGAUCUAGAGGAUAGGGAAGGACUCGGAAUUGUCCACCACUGACUUGAAACUUUUCACAAUGUUGUAUUUCACACUAUUUCCCAAGCGCUGUCUCUGAUAUUGUUCAUAGGGCCGGGUGCCUUGCAAAUCAACGAUGUGAUUGCUUACGUUUGGCCUUCAUCCACCCCUUUAGCGUUCUCCUUGAUGGUAUAAGCACUCCUGCACCCGUAGCCUUUUUUAUAACCAUUGAAUGCAUUAGCUGAAGUGUAAGAAUUUUACCACAAGAGGGUGCUGCAUGCUUUGCAAAAAAAAACAAAAAAAAAACAGCACACACGCCAGAGAAGUAUUCAGAGGAAAAUUGAAGCGAGUUCACAGUUUUUCUUUUCUUAAUGCGUUAUGAGUUUUUGUUUGUAAUUGCACUUGCAGUGGCUACCUUUAAUGUGAUGAAAUGAUUCUUAAUAUAUGCAGUCAUUGUCAUUGUUUUUGUCAUUAUGUUUUCAUGCAAAUGUUGGCCGCACAUGAAGGUUUACAGCUUCUAAUAUAAACCAUCCUGAUCAUUUGCUCCAAUGUAAGUAAGUCGUUAAUUAGGGGAAACAUCAAGAGCAAAAUGAUUCAAUUUCCUUGUAGCAGAACUGAAGAUAUUAUUCAUUUUAUAGUCUUUGUUUAUAACAGAAGAUAUCCAAGAGUACAGAUUUGAUAACUGACCCAUUGCAUUGUACAUACCAGGUUUUUCAAAGCAUCAUAGAUAGAGUCAUGAGAAUACGGCAUUAAUUUAACGUGUUACCAUUAGAGGGCUGCAUAAAAAGAGUCCACAGUGAUAUUCUAGAUGAAAUAUUCCCUCUGUGAAGAUAACAAUGUCUUGGUCAUUCUGUCCUUUUCCUCAUUGUUUUGUCCAGUGGAGAUUUCUUUUUUUCCCCCCUCUCCCAUCAGACAUAACAAGGGACAAGUGAGAGUUUUGCAUGCGAUCCACUCAUCCACUCUUCUUUUCCUUUUUUUUUUUUUUAUCGCAACUUCAAUGAAGUUAAUAAUCAACUGUUACCGUAAUACAAGUACAGCAUUGGACCAGAGUUGCCUGUUGAAAACAGAAUGACCAUCAUUGGACAAACUUUGGCUACAUUGCUUUUUGCAACUUAGUAAAAAAAUAAAUGCUACUCAAAACAAAUUGUUAAUACGUGCAACCGUGUAAAAUGACAGUAUGUCGUACUGACUGAUGUUCUGGACUAAGCUCCAGAUACACAAUGUUAUCUGUGUUGCUUUCAAGAACUGUUUUUUCUUUCUUUCUUUCUUUCUUUUCGACUACUUCAAAUUGUAUUUGUGGAACUAUAUUACAUGCAACAUGUAAAAUGCAACAUGUUAUUCUUGGAGAAAAGAUGUCAGAUGUUUAUGAGUAAAUACUUGCAGAUUUA